AUGUCAAAACCGCCUUUGACGAUACACUAUAUCGUAACUUCUGAAAUACCCACGUACCGAAUAGGAAUUGUGAUAUUUGAUAAGCAUGACUAUACUGAUAUUUCUCCCAUACAAAACUUCAAAUUAUGGAGAAGAGAGUUGAUGGAAGUACAAUGGGAUCAAAUUUUGAGAUUAAUUGAAGAUGUCAUACGUACUGUUGAACAUACAUGGCAACUACAGGAAGGAGAUUUAUUAAGAAACCAAUUUGCGAUCGCAGGUUUGACAGAUGAUGGCGUGGAUAAAUCGGCGUUCGUACUUUACAGAGAAGAAGAUAUUAUUUACAAUGAAGAAAUAGAUCCCAUUGCACGCAAAAUAGAGUUAUCACGUAUAAUAGGACGUAAAGUGGUUGGCCAAUUGUUUGGUAUCGCGGUUAGUCCAUCAUGGUGGUCUUGCAUGUGGCUGAACGAGGGUAUUGCUACGUUGUUUGGCGUGUAUACAAUCAAUCAGAUUAUGCCUGAGAGUCGGAUAUUGGAUUUAUUCGUAGUCCAGACUCAACAAGAAUCUCUUCGUCUAGAUGAUUCACAAGUUAUGAAUCCUCUUGAUUCAAAAAUUGACAAUAUGUCUAAAAUUAAUUCUCUCUUCUCAUUCACCUAUUACAUAAAAGCACCUUCUAUAUUGCGUAUGCUACACCAUACAGUGGGUGAUGAAAUUUUUCAGAAAGGGAUUAAUAUGUAUAUGAAAAGAAAGACGGGAUGUCUGGACGAUUUUUGGACUGAAAUACAAUCUGUGUAUGAUUUACAAACUACGGAUUUGGAGAAAAUUAAUGUGAAAGACCUGAUGAAUCCUUGGAUACAAGAAAAGCAAUAUCCUAUUCUUAAUGUAGCGGAAAUCUUUGAUUCCGAAUGGACGAAAAUUGUUCUAGAAACUGCUUCCGAAAACUGGACGGUACCGUUAACACAUCAAGUGUACAUAAAUUUAAAACGAAUUUUACCCACAUUUUGUUUAUCCUGGGAACAAAAGCACUUUCUUACAAAGUGUUACAAUUCUGAACACAGUCGGUUCAUAAUAAUCAAUCGGCAACAAACAGGAUAUUACCGGGUAUAUUAUGAUUUCGAAAGUUGGUUAAGAAUUAUAAAUUAUCUUAAUUCCAAGAAUUAUACAAAUAUUAAUGUUUUAAAUCGUGCUCAAAUCAUCGAUGAUACAUUCCAUUUAGCGAUAUCAGGCAAAUUAAAUUUUUAUAUAUUUUGGGAUGUCGUAAGCUAUCUAAAGUGGGAAACGGACUAUAUACCAUGGUAUUCUAUGUACAAAGCUGCUGAGUACAUGUCACACAUUCUACCUUAUUAUAAUACCGAAAGUAUAAACUUUAAGAUGAAACUACGAAUGCAACUGGAUUCACUUCUUCAAAAAAUUGGAUACGAGGAGGAAUCUAAUGAUGACAUGUUUAUUAAAUGUUUAAGACAAGAAGCUCUAAGAUGGGCUUGUAUUCUCGGUGACAGCGAAUAUGCAGAAAUGGAUACGUAA